AUGGCACAAAUACGACAUGUAUUUACUGCCUUGAAAACCGUUUCCAGACAAUGUGCACCGAAUCCGAACAAUAAUAAUAACCACACACUAUUUCGACCUCUGGACAUCUCACGUGCUCCAACUCCAAAUAUGCUAGGUUCCGGUACACAGUGUGGCAGUGCGCUUGCCACGGAAAUCGACUCCUACCGGCGUCGAAUUCAAACACUUCUUCAUUUCUUUGACUGUAUCGCUCAACACUGGUGGGAUCACUUGUAUCCAUACAAGCGGAAUUUGAUUAAACGUCCUAGUAAAAGUGCGGACGAAGUACGUUCUUAUCGAAGCCGUCUUCUGGCUCGCUUGAAUAAAUUUACCAUGCGAACAGUUGUACCUGCAGCUUCUGCCAUUGCCACAAUGGAAGCACAUGCUAGCGUCAAGGUACUCCCAUCCAAUUUGCUUAGCCCGUUAGCUGCAGACUUCGCACAUGGAGAAAUUCCAUCCAUUGUGGACAAUAGUGACGUGCUACUCCAAAAAGCAUGUCACCUUGCUCGUCGAAUCAGUGAUAUUGAAAAGCUGAAACAGCGGCUAAUACUCUCUGCCCUUACCUGGAUCACAAGUGACGGGCGUGAUCUAACAGUGCGAGCUCAGAGAAUCGCGCUCCUUGCACGCCAUGCUGAGCCAUGUUUGAUUGAACACUUUUCCGGAGUACGUGCACUUCUAACUCAUUACUACCGUCCAAGGGUUCUCGUGCAAAAAAUCAGUGACAAAGCGAGCUCCUCAAAGUUCACCUCUUCCUCUCGAGUAGAGCCUAUUACAGCUGCCAGACUAACCUCGACGAAUGAAGAGAUUGUUCGUGCGAUUGAGGCUGUAUUCCCCAAAGGUCACCACCAUCUAACAUUCACAUCAACUAUAAAUCCAGAGACAUUUGGAGACGAACUUCGUUCGUCAGUAGACCGUAGCGUGUUAUCAGAUCCGAUAGAAAACGGAAUCCCUACCGCUGAUGCAAUAAUUGCAUUCCCCAACCUAGCCCUAACAAAUGAUGAUGUGGAACUGAACCCAGCUGCAGUCAAACUACCGAUUCUGCCUAGUAUUGUAUUAAAUCCAUUGUCUAUCGAUACUAGCCAGCUCGACUGGCUAAGCUAUCAAAUAAACCAGCGUGAAUUUAAUCUUCAUGUCUUGAAUACGGAAGAACCGGAAGGUGACCCUUACCGUCCGACAGACUCCCCAGUUUUUCCUAGAAUUAAGGACCUGGAAAGUUAUUCGCCUGAUCAGUCCGAAUACAAUGAACCAAAACUUCAACGGGGUGACUUUGAAGAGCCUAUUUGGGGGAACAGAACUCCGAUCACAACACCCUAUUCUAAAGAACCAUUGUGGUCUCCCAGUUCAAGAGAAUCAGAAAUCAGCGAAAUUGAUGAAUCGAGACCAAGCUCUACGUUGCUUCUCCACGAGAGGGUGAAACAGAUGGACGAUCGGACCUCUGCCUACGAGUUUACCAUUGGGAAGUUAUCUGAAGAGAGUAAUAAAACAGGUUUUCUUGCCGCACCUUCCGCUCCGUAUGGUGAAAACGCAACUGGAUCUGAACGUGAAAGUCUCACACUAAAAAGUGAAUUUAGCGCCGGUUCAGUCCAUGGGACAGAGACACGAUCUAUCGUUGUAACCAGUCCCUGUGGUGAAGGAGAGGAGUCACAGAUCAAACCCACGCACUCCAUGGAACAUAAACAUCAGAAUAGAGAAGAUGGAAAGAGUUGGAACAGAUCUGUUGUGAAUGCUAAGAGUGCCUCAAUCGUGAACACAAGACGGGGCAAGACAUCUAAGGCAUCUGGUAACAUGGCGAAGAGGAGCACAAUGGAGGGUAAAAAGACUGUUAAACAGCUGUGUAACCGAACUGCCCGUCUGUCCAGCUUACGGGAUUUACAAGCCUCG